CCCUGGACCCUGUAUUCACUAUAUCCGGUCUCCCAGGACCCUGCAUUCACUAUAUCCGGUCUCCCUGGACCCUGCAUUCAUUAUAUCUGGUCUCCCCGGACCCUGCAUUCACUAUAUCCGGUCUCCCCGGACCCUGCAUUCACUAUAUCCGGUCUCCCCGGACCCUGCAUUCACUUAUAUCUGGUCUCCCCGGGCCCUGAAUUCACUAUAUCCGGUCUCCCAGGACCCUACAUUCACUAUAUCCGGUCUCCCAGGACCCUGCAUUCACUAUAUCUGGUCUCCCAGGACCCUGCAUUAACUAUAUCUGAUCUCCCAGGACCCUGCAUUCACUAUAUCUGAUCUCCCUGGACCCUGCAUUCACUAUAU